AUGAUUAAUUCUAACUGGUUCAAUAGCAUGUUCAUUGGGGAAGUUGCUGCUCGAUCCCUUAACUUCUUAUGGAACCCUAGGAUGUGGUCAAGGCGUGCAGUAUCAAGUGGACUAUUACUUACUGCGUCCCUUUAUGUGUUACUUCCAUCCGUUAGCAGAGCUUUUAAUGUAAAGAAGGGGCCGUUAUCUAUAGAGGAAUCAAAGAGGUUAGAUCGAUUUACAACGGGCCUUUUAAACGCUCGAAAUGACUGUUUCUUAAACUCUUCUUUACAGGCUUUGGUACCGAUUGAGUCGCUCACUACUUAUCUCAACCAAUUUGUCGAGGCUCUUCAUUCGGUAGAUGAGGGACAGGUUUUUGAACUUGAACGGUUGGCUCCACUCCACGCGAAUCUAAUUAAGUUACUUCAUGAGUUACAAAGCCUUAUUGUGAAACCACAGACUGUUUCCGCCAAAAAUAUUGUUAAAACACUGGAAGACACUCUUAGGAGAAAAAUGUCAUCCGAUCAGAAUGAUGCACACGAAUUUACUCAAAUACUUUUGGAAACGUUGCAUUCUGAAUAUAUCAAACUUCAAUCCAAUAUUGAAAUAGGCAGCUUUCCAUUUGAGGGUGUGUCAUCCAAUUAUCUGAUGUGCUUACAAUGUAAUAAAUACUCUCAAACUAUUCAUUCACCUUUCCUUAUGCUUGAAGUUGCUGUUCCAGGGAAUUACUCAGAAAAGCUGACAGACUUGAUCCUGCAUUCUCAAGAUGAAAUCAUCGAAGGAUAUUCCUGCCUGUAUUGUAAAGUAAAUAUGAUUUUGAAAAAUGAAAAAUAUUUGAAUCAACUUCCUGAAUAUUCGCAGGAAGAACAAUCAAUCUUGAAUUUUCUGAGAAAUCAGAUAUUAACAUUAUACAUUAAUGAUGACUUACCAGCGGAUGUGUCAUUCUAUGUGGACCAUUAUAGUAAAAAUGGUUGUGUCACGGCCAAUUUCAAAUCAAAUAUAAUAAAGAAAAACGCAGUAAUCAAGGAACCUGCUUCGCUUAUUGUCCAUCUGUCGAGAUCUAUUUUUAAUGGAGCCACUAUAACAAGAAGCGCAUGUAGAGUGGAAUACGAACAGUCUUUGAAUCUGCAAAGGCAGGUGAUGAUCAAUGAUGCAUUUGAGCGUACUGAACCUAUAAAAUAUGAGCUAAAAUCUGUUGUUAAACAUACUGGAUCUCAUGUUCAGGGCCAUUAUCAGUGCUACAGAAAGAAACCAGAUCUUAUGAAAGAAAGAAAUACGGAUACUAUCGUCAAUCGUUCUCCCAUGAUCAAAAAAUAUUCACAAGAUAAAUUCGAUGCAUCAAAAAUCGAAAGCAUUAUAACAGGCACUUCAAAAAGGUUAUACAAACGCAUUAAAUCGUUGGCGGCUUACCCAUACUGGCAUAUAUCAGACACAAAUGUCAAAGAAGCCAGAACAACUGAUGUUCUUUCCGAAGAUAAAUAUGUUUACAUUCUAUAUUAUGAGAAGGAAAAGCCAUAA